AUGUCUGAGAGCAUUGUGAGGAAAGUGCAGCCCUUCACCAUCGGGACAAGGCUGUCGGUCCCUUCUGUGACUAAAUGUCAGGAGUUUCAAAGGAGAUUUCUACCCACCGAGCCUCUGGACAAUCGUGUCUUACAGCACAAUCUGAACUCGCUCUACCUCCAUCGGUCCCGGGUCCGAGCACAUGGCUCCUGUCUCGUUGCACCGUUUGUGAAGCCGGAAGCGCACGUUCAACGCAACCACGAGCACAUGGCAGCUGAGGACCACCAGAACCAGAACGUGGCCUCUCCUUCUGCCGUCUCCAGGUCCAUCAAGAAGAUCACCAUCUCUGGGAGUAAAGACCGAUCAGACAAGAAGAGCACAGUGGGCCCAACAGACCUGUCAACAACAGCUGAAAACAAAAACAACAACAACAACAACACAACAGGCUCACCAGACCCACAUCUGCCCAGGAUUGUUGGAGUGAGGUGUGAGAAUAAACCGACCUCUCAGUUUAAGGUUUUGCUCAGUAAAAGCAGCUGUGCCGCCAUUCCUCAAGGAGAAACUUGGGCAAAGCCAAAUGGGGAGAAAUCCUUCCAGAUUUCAGUGCCUGAGCUGCAGAAUCACAGACCCCGGAGGACAGAAAGUCACCCACACAGCGAGGAUGAGGCUCCGGCAGCUGCUAACGCUCUGAGCGACAGCUUCACUCAGCAAAACUCGCUCUUCAACAAAGAAGCACUGCAGGCAGAGGCAUGGAUCAAGAGCAAACUCCAGGAUCUAAAGGAUGGCUGUAACACUGAGUGCUGCCCCCUGCAGGACUGGGACGAGGCCUCUCAGACACUUCAAAGGGACCUGAAAGACUUUGAGAACACGUUUAUUCAGCUCAACCAGAUGGGCGAGCAGCUGAUCUGCAGGCUGAACCCCACAUCUGACCUUGUGAAGAAGCAGCUCAGCCAGCUCAAGGACCAAUGGCAGACCCUGAAACAGACGGCCACCAAUCAGACGCGUGCUUUAGGUGGAGCAAAGAGUCUGCGGGAUUUCAACAGAAAAGCGGAUAAGCUGGAGGCCUGGGUCAAAGAAAAGGAAGAGGAGCAGUCUCUGGUGAGUGUCCUGGGAGAAAACGUGGACAAGAUGCAGCUGACCAGGAAGAUCCUGGAUCUUAAACAGGACGAGCAGCUACACAGGAACCUGCACGAGGAGAUCAACAGCUUGGCUCUAAAACUGGAGAAACAAGGAAAGGCAGAGGGCAGAAACACCUCGAGCAGGAGGAAACACAUCAACAAGAUGUGGCUUCGGGUCCAGUCCAGGCUGAAAAACUACCACGAAACUCUUCAGCAGGCUCUUGAGGUGUCAUCGUUUUACCAGCAGGCAGAUAAUACCUUGGAGAUUAUUAAUAAAUUGCUGAAGAACAUUUCUGCAUCCAAAGAGCCGGAUGGCUUCGGUGACAGAGAUAUACGCGACGUCGCCAGUCAGAUCAUGAUGCUGGACGUGAGUGUGUCCCAGCUGUCCAGUCUCCACCCUGACCUGGUGACCAGUGUUGGACAAAAGCAGACAGAGAUAAAGGACAGCUGGGCUCUUCUUCAGAGAAACUUAAGAGGUGACAAGGCAGCACUCUCUCCUUCUGGCUCCACUUUCACCAGGGAACACGCUGACCUCCUGACACCCACUCAAGCGUCCCAGAGCAACAUGGGAUCUGAGACACAUGGGAUCAUGGGAAAGGAGGUGAAGGAGGAGCAGAAUCGUCUGAAAGGCUGCACGGGUACUGCUGACUGUGAGAGUGGAAGGCAAACUCAGAGCAUCCAAGGCCAAGAGCAGCAACUGACGAACCACUCAUUAUCGCCAAAAAGAGAUGGUUCAUUCUGUGCAAAUGAUGCCAUCAACGGACAUCCACUGAAGGGAGAAAGAAAGCUGAAAGCAGAGCCCGAGCUUCCAACAGCUCCACGAGGCCACCAGCAGCUUCAGAAGUUCACUGUAUCUGCUGACAAGACUUUGUCCUGGCUCAAAGACAAUGUCUCCAUGGCAACACAGGUGUGCUCCAUUGCCAACUUGGAAGGUUUGGAAGCAGCCAAGAGGCGUCAGCAUGCUCUCGAACGGGAAAUUCUCAACAACAGAGCCAGGAUCGAGGUGGUCAAAAGGGAGGGCCAUGGUCUGGUCCGCGCUCAGCACCCAGGCAGCGCCAAGAUCGAGGAGUUUCUCAGCCAGUUGGAGGCCUUGUGGGAAGAGCUGAGAAGGAGGCACCAGAGGAAUGCUGCAUUCCUGCAGGCCUCAGAGAAGCUGGGCUUCAGGAUUGUGAAAGUGCUCCAAGCCCUUGGCAGCCUAGAGGCCUGGCUGGAGUCUGUGGAGCUCUCCAUGAAGGAGUCUGCUUUGGCCGGUGACCCCGAGACAAUGAGCAUGGCUGAGAGGGAGAGCUGCCUGCUGGAGAAGGAGGUGGCGGCACGCAGCCUGGAGCUCAGCGCUUUGAGGCAGGAGGUGGACCGCCUUCACUCCCACAGUCACCCACACACGCGAGGGCUGCCAGCGCGCAUGGAGGAGGUGGAGCGAAAGUACCAUCGUGUCCUCGGUGCUCUGACCCAGCAGAGCUCAGAGCUGCAGGACACACGCAUGCUGACCGAAUUCCUGGAGCGCGUGGAGCUGGAGGAGAGCCAGGAGUCGGGCCGAUAUAGCCAUUGCCAGCCGAUCCACAGUGACCUAUCCUCAGCUCCUACUUUACUCGAGCUGCGGCGCAGUUGCGUCGGCGACGCCCUGAUGGAGACGCUGGGGGACCCCGUGGAAGAGCUUCGAGAGGCUGUAGAGAUGCUGAACGACACCGUGAGGGAAAGAGGUCGAUCGCAAAGCCACAACCAGGCUGUUCAGGAGCUGCUGGCCAAGCAUGCCAGGCUCGCGGUUCGUGUGGAGGAGUGUUUGUGCAGCAGCAAGGGGCUGAGCCUGGACAUCCUGGAGAAGGAGACGGACCUGGCCGUGCAGUGUGAGCCAGACCGAUGUGGCCUGGGGGCUCUGCAGGAGAAGGAGGACCACCAGGAGACUGACUGCGAAGUCGUGAGGGAGGAGGUGAAGGAGCUGGAGAAGCAGGCCUCCUGGCUGAAGGAGCUCUGCCCGGAGAAAGCACAUCUAUUUGAGGCAAAAGUCCAGACCACACUGGAGGCCUGGAAUGAGCUGGAAAAGAGCGUGACGGAGAACAAAUCACGUCUGCAAGAGUUCAUGCAGCUCCAGGACUUCUUCAGGAGCUACCUCGCUAUGAUCUCGUGGACAGAAGACACCAGGUCGUGCAUUUUCUCUGACACUGCUUUACAGUUCAGGAGAGAUGGACAGCGGCCGCUGGUGGCAGAGCUGGACGUGCAGAUGGAGCGGAAGUUUAAGGAGUUUGAUGAGCUGUCAGUCACAGCAGCGACCCUCCUAGACAGCGGGCACCACCUCACACACAUGGUGCGAGAGCGCAUGGAGGAGCUGAGGAGCAUGCUUGGGUGGAUCUCGGUGCACUGGAGGGUUCAGAAGCAGCAGCAGCUUUACAAGAGGAACAGAGAGAUGCCUUUAAGAGACAACAUUUACUCCGAGGCAACAACGGGCUCUCCAUUUAGGGAGAGUUCACCUCCAGAGCUUGAAGCCUUCCAGCCAAAGGUCAUCGGCCUUUGUGAGGACACAACGAAGGCCUCAUCCUCGGUGCCUGAACAGAACGAAGAAAAUUCACCAGAAGACGGGUAUGAGACAAUGAACAGAAUCGGACCGCUGACCGAUUCUCCCAAAGCGAGCAUGAAGGCACUGAAGGAGAGCAGCAGUCUCCCAGUGGGGGGUGCAGUCAACCUCAUUUUUAGCUUUGGCGACACGGGGAACAGCCAGGUGCAGGUGCUUGACCUUCCUGCCAGGACGGAGCAGAUAAUGGAGGAGACCUCUGUUCACAGGCCCACUGUGCCUCAAUCUUCUGCCUGUAAAAGCUUUUGGAGGCGCUGCCAGGGGCUUUUGGAAAACACGUUUGGUAGUUUAAAGCGAAAGAAAAAGAUUUAUCGACAGAGUGCCUCCGAGGUGAGCACCUACUUGCAUGUCAAGGACAACAACCUGGCUGUGGCCCCGGUGUACGAGAGCAUCACCCUCCCCCGCCAAAAGGCCCCCCGAGACUCCGACUCGCUCUCCUCAUCCUCCACUUUGCGUUCUUCCCCGGCACCCGAACCGCAAACGGCCAACGUAACCUUCCACCCUUUGGCGAGGAGCGGCAGCAGCUCCAUCUUCAGCAGUCUCAAGAGGAUGAGCAAGAAGAGGAAAAGGAAGAGAGACGUGCGCAGGCACACGAUACAGAAGAUCAUGGGAGUGGACGAGCAGGUGGCUGGGAUGCACCAGGACGCGUGCAAGCCAAUCGCUUAUGACACACAAACAUGGCCUCUGAAGGAAGAGCGAAGAAAGAAGGGUUCUCGGAAAACCGGUGGCGGGGCAGAAGCUGUGGCCUACAUGAAGAAUCCUCUGCUCAAAGUCAUUGACACUGAAUGUUCUGGAGAAUACGCCAUUACUCCGUACGCCAUAUCGGCGGGACCGUCAGCAGGUCCGGUGAAAAGCCACUGCAGGUUCCUAUCGCUGGGUUCGGUGCUGAGCUUCGAUCUGCCCAAAGACGUGAGCCUUAUCCCCAGCAUUCAGGACGUCAUUACUAUUCCCCCUGCAGAAUCCAGGAAAGGCGGAGGAGCCGACCCAGACCCUCUCUCCCAGAGGAGCACGGGCUUGAGCUCGUUCAGACACACUCCCUUUACUCCUGCGAUCAAAGAGAACUCAGCAGGAAUCGGCCCACCUGCAGCACUAACGGAUCCGUCUCAUGCGGACGACAGGUGUGCGCCUGCUCCUCCCCCUGGAGAAAACGGGGGUUUGAUUGCACGGAUUGAUGAUGUUUCUAGAACCUGCUUCUCUCAGUCAGGAGGUGGAGAUGUGAAAUCCAGUACAGCUAAAAAAGAUGGACCAAGUCAAAGUUCACAAGCCUCAAGUUGCACUUUGGUCCCUCAUAAACACGAGUGUCUCAGCGUCCACACGCUCAUCCGGGACCUGAGUGGACACCGGUACCACAGAUGUGCACAAUCCCAAUGUGAGCAGGAGGAGAGUCCUCGGCCAAAGUUAAACCAAGCGUCUCACAUGAGAGUCAAUCUGAAGUCGACGAUGAGCAUCAGCGUUCGACAGGACUCUGCAGACUCUGGAAUCUCCACGUCCAGCAGCUUUAAGGUUUGCACCGAUGCAGCAGAUCCUCUGUGGCCCACAGGAGUGGUGGGAAGGCUCGUGUCUCUGGAAGUGGGGGGUGUAGCUCCCUCCAACACUGAAGGAAAUGCUGCAUCGUCUUCCAAUGCGUCUCCAGACCCAGCAGAUACGGACACGGAUCCGGUGCACCUGGACCACCAUCAGUUUGAGGAAGAAGAAGCAGAACUGGAGGACAUCUGGAACCAGACAACAAACCACAGGCAGAGCAUCUGCUCAGAUAUCAUGUACCAGCCCAACCAGGAGGACCUGAGAGCCUCUGACCAAGUCAGUAAACCACUUUGCCGCUCGCCUACGGGGACCGUGUUGUACAGAGACCUGGUCACAGCCUCAGCACCCAACCUCCUCAUGGCGGAGUUCAAACUACCGUCCCUCGUUCAGAGUUCUCUGGGUCACAAGAGGAGCCAGAGGGACAAAGACUGUUUUCCCACACUGGAUGCAGGACAGAGGAAAUCCUGGGCGGCUUUUCCUAACAGGGAACCGGCCUUUAAGACGUCUGUGAUGAUGAAUGAAACCGUGUCUGAUCAGCUGAAGCCACCAGACAUGGGGGACAAUCCCAGAUAUGUGUAUCAGUACAAAGAGGACGAAGAGGAGGAAGAGGAGGUGGGGGAGGAGUUAGAAGAGUCAGGAAGUUACGUGCAGUCCGUCCACGCGGGCUCAGAUGGGUCUUUUCAGCAGGAAAAAGGAGGGAAUACACAAGAGCAUCUGUCCACUGGAGGGCGCUGUUUCACCCUGAGCGGGAAACCCGAGCUGCAGUCGAUGGAGGGGACGCUGGAGAGGAAGCACAAGCUGCAGCUGGGAGGAAAGAAAGUAAGGAAUGUUGAAUCUGAUGCAGUCAGCACACGUAAAGUUCCCAGUCAGCUGCACAACGCUCUUAUCUUGUUUUCACAGGCGGCCUCCAGAGGCUGGAGCUCCUACCACGCCGUCCUGCACCGACACACCUUAUGCUUCUUCCAGGAUAGAAAGGACACUCUGCGAAGUUCUGCUUACGGCCUUCCACUGAACCUGAAGGGAGCUGAGUGUUCACCUGCUCCAGAUUACACCAAAAAACCCAACUGCUUUCGACUACGGCUUCGGGAUGGGUCCGAAUAUCUGUUCAACACCUCCUCACGCUUCACUAUGAAAAAAUGGAUCAUGAAGAUCCAAGCAAGCACAGGCCAAAAGGAUCCUGCAAGUUUACGAUCGAGCGUUCGUGUUGACCAGGACCUGCCCGUGUUCUUAAAGCCCUCCGUGUGUUUUAAAUGUCAGGAUCAAGCCAGCUGUCGCUGCUCCUCUCAGAAUGACAUCACCAGCACGUUUCCCAGACACAGACCAACGAGUAAAACGGAAAAUACUGAAACCCAGAAAUCCUGGAAUGAGCCUUCAACCAUCUCAUCCUCAGAAACAGGCCUCCCUAGUGAUGAUAAGUGGAGUUGGACUCAGUCGGUGACGCACAGAUUUCCUGGAGAGGAGACCUCCUCCUCCCCUCUCUCUCUCGACCCCAGCAGUGAGGAGUGGCUAAGCAGCAAACGCCGCUCCCACUCCUUCACAUCAGCAACCUAUCAGAAGAUCAAACCAGUGCUGCCCUCUGCUGCAGGUAAGGGGCUGGAAAAAGGGUCCAACUACUGUGUGACUGUGGUGGUCGGGGACAGUUUGACAAACGGCUCAUCAGGCAGAAGUUUGGACCCCCCUCUGCAGCCGCUGCAUGGAUGGCAGCAGGACACACAUAAGUACUCCGCUCUGGGGAGCUUCGCGAGCCUGCCGCGGCCUCGCAACAAAUCCGUCUUCAAAAAAUUAUUUUGGAAGAAGGAUUUCUGA